AUGGCGUGUAGAAGGCCCGGUUCAGCGGAAGACUGUUUUUAUACCCCAUCUGGCAUAGCAGAUGCCAGCUCCAUGGCAACAUCCUUAAUUUCGAUGAACGAGCACACUCCUAAAUCGAAAGAGUCCUUGGCACACGCACAAAGGCCAGCGGCUAUCGGGAUCUCAGUAGAUCCGGUAUUCAGUUGUCCUUACAAAGUCGCCGGAUGCUUUAUAUCCUGGCGCUGGUGUUGUUCGCUAGUCAAUUUUGGAGGCUAUUUACCACAGUAUAAUCGCACGAGACAUGAAGAGCAGGAGAUUUGUUGGGCGAUGGUAAUGCUGAACAGAAAAGCGUGGCGACUUCCGUCCUGGAGACACAUCAGAAAUACCUCCGUUUUCACUGACGAUGCGAAGUCUCAGCGCUCAGAUGGCCGCCCAAGGACAAUCAUACGGGUCAAUUUCAGCCUCCGGUCCAGAACAUUACUCAAUGGGACUCCGUUCUCGGUAGUUGUUUCUCUCGACUACGGAGCCUGGGGCUUUCGAAGCAUCUUCGACGGCUUUGUCGGGUCAACCCGAUCGUCGUUCGAAACCAAUAGCCACGGCACUAUUCUGUAUGACGGCAGGCAGCUCAAAUGUGGGGAUCGUCAGCUCGGUCACCCUGAUUCUAUGGAUCUUUCUCAGAGUCUCGCGGGUAUCACGAUUAUGCCUGCCUGACAAACCAUUCGCUUAGCCCUGCAUUGAAUACGCGGCUGUAUAGUUUUUACGGGUCAUAACCAGAGUCUUUAAGCAUACAAAUAAGUCCCAAACUUUCCCAAC